GGCAGGCUGGAGUAGGUGCCGAUGCGGCCGCCCGCCGAGCCAUCAGCUGUGGUGCCGGGGUCUGGAGCACAGCAUGGCCCCGCCGGGCCCGGAGGGCGGCCGAGCCAUGGCCCCCGGGAAGAAGAUCACGGCCCGGAUCAAGAGGACGCUGCCAGUGAAGGGCCCGCAGGCGCCGACGGUCAGCGAGCUGAUGCGGUGGUACUGCCUGAACACCAACACGCACGGCUGCCGGCGCAUCGUGGUGUCUCGGGGCCGCCUGCGCAGGUUCCUCUGGAUCCUACUGACCCUGGGCGCCGUCGGGUUGAUCCUCUGGCAGUGCGCCGAGCUCCUCAUGAACUACUACAGCGCCUCAGUCUCCGUCACCGUCCAGUUUCAGAAGCUGCCCUUCCCUGCUGUCACCAUCUGCAACAUCAAUCCGUACAAGUACAGUUCCAUGAAAGAGUAUUUAUCUGAACUGGACAAAGAGACAAAAAAGGCUUUGGAGACUUUCUACGGGUUUUCAGAGGGCAAGUCCAAGGUGCGCCGGUCGGUGGACGAUGAGUGGAACAGCACAGGCAGCGAUUUCUUCAAACAGAUCCCUCUGCUGAAGUUUGAGGACUUCUCUAGGACAGCAACUGACCUUCGCAGUGGCCAAAAGAGGAAAAUAGAGGGCAGUGUCUUUCACAAGGAUUCAUCCAUAGUGAAUUCUGGGGAUUCAAAUGAUAUCAUCGGCUUUCAGCUGUGCGAUGCAAACAACAGCAGUGAGUGUGCACUCUAUACAUUCAGUUCUGGUGUUAAUGCUAUCCAAGAAUGGUACAAGCUGCAUUACAUGAACAUCAUGGCACAAAUUCCUCUGGAGACUAAAGAAAAAUUGAGUUAUUCUGCUGAUGACUUUCUACUGACAUGUUUCUUUGAUGGCCUAUCUUGUGACAAAAGGCACUUCACUCGUUUCCAUCAUCCUCUGCAUGGCAAUUGCUAUACCUUUAACAGUGGAGACAACGGGACGAUCCUGAGCACCUCCACUGCUGGCAGCGAGUACGGAUUGCAGGUUGUCCUGUAUAUAGAUGAAGCAGACUACAACCCCUUCCUGGUGACAUCCACUGGAGCCAAGAUCAUUGUCCACGACCAGAACGAAUACCCCUUCAUUGAAGACAUCGGCACAGAAAUUGAGACUGCAGCGGCCACCUCCAUCGGGAUGCACUUUACUCAAUCUCGAAAGCUGAGCAAACCCUACAGUGACUGUACAGAGACUGGUGCUGACAUUCCAGUAGAAAAUCUCUAUAACAAGAGCUACUCAUUGCAGAUUUGCCUGCACUCCUGCUUUCAGAAGGCCAUGGUGGACUCGUGUGGCUGUGCCCAGUAUGCACAGCCCCUACCUGCCGGGGCAGAGUACUGCAACUACAAGAAAAACCCCAACUGGAUGUACUGCUACUACAAGCUGCACGAGAAGUUUGUGAAGGAGCAGCUGGGCUGCCAGCAAAUCUGCAAAGAUGCCUGCAGCUUCAAGGAGUGGGCACUCACCAGCAGCAUUGCCCAGUGGCCAUCCAUCGCAUCAGAGGACUGGAUGCUUCGAGUUCUCUCUUGGGACAAAGGGCAAAAAAUCAACAAGAAGCUGAACAAGACAGACCUUGCAAACCUCAUGGUGUUUUACAAGGACCUGAACGAGAGAUUUAUCUCAGAGAACCCCACCAACACGAUCGUCAUUCUUCUUUCCAACUUUGGAGGCCAGCUUGGCCUUUGGAUGAGCUGCUCAGUCGUUUGUGUCAUUGAGAUUGUUGAGGUCUUCUUCAUCGAUUCGUUUUCCAUUGUAAUGCGGCGCCAGUGGCAGAAGGCCAAGAAAUGGUGGAACAACCGAAAAAGGGAGCGGUCAGGGAAGCCUCCGCAGGCCAGUGACCCUGAGAGGCAGGGCCACGACAACCCCGUCUGCAUCGAUGAGGACCUGCCCACCUUCAACACCGCCCUGCGCCUGCCGCUGCCCCGGGACAGCCCCCUGCCCAGGACUCCCCCUCCCAAUUACAGCACUUUGCGGUUAGAGACUGCGUUCACGGAGCAGCUGCCCGACACACUGGAGGUCGGGCAACACUGAUGCCUGUUUAUCCACCCACCCAGGUGCCGGAAUGAGAGGUCGGUGCUGGACCAGGGUGUCCAGGGAUGAAAGGCACGCAUCCAAACGAGCACUGAAGGGCUGUUGGGUCAGACCCUUAUUCAGGGAUCGAACUUGCAGUCAAAGCUGCUCUGAGCGAAGCUCAGACACAAAAGCCUAGAGCUCAGAGACAUUAGGAACUUCAAGCAACAUCGGUUCUCGAGUUAGUCAUUGCAGAUGGCUGAAGCAGGACGUGGCACUGAGCUUGUGGGACAUCUUGCCAGACAGAGGCAUACAUUAGCAACCAGCUGCACACACCCCAUUGUGUGUGGGCAGGAGUUACUCCACAGCAGAAGACUAAUGCCACGUUGAGUAUUAAUGCUAAUUGCUGUCUACUGCACAGCUUGACUUGUGGGAAAAACCCAGGGCUUGCAGGAAUGCAGCGUGACAUUUGUAGGAAGAGGCAUGACAGAGGUUUAGGAAGAGCACAAACUGGAUAAAAUUGAAAGCUCUCAAGCCAAGUUCUGAUUGGGAACCUGAAUCCAAAAGUGUCCUAGGGAGCUCUUUAUUCUGAGAUGAAAGGUUAGGGUAGCCAUAGAUGUGCCUGUAGAGCAAGUUGUUACACAGCUUGAGUAGGAGGACUGAAGUCAGCCAAAAGAAUUGUUUUGAGAAGGGCAUGGAAUCUGAUUCAGAUCACGGUAAUGAACUGCAUACUCUGCGAGCUUGGUUCAUUUCACAUCAGUCAAGCUGGCCAUUAGACAAAACCUCAGAGGAGCUCGUUAAGCAGCACCCGGCCUUGUCCACACGUGACUUCCCAGGAGGCUCAAAGGGAGCUGGCUGCUCUUUCCCUGCUCAACCCCAGGCAAGAACUUUCCUUCUGUGUUGCCUGGUUUGCUGCCCUGGAGCUGGUGGUGCUGGGGAAGGGAACAGGGUGCUGCUUGGGGCCCACACACAGCCCUGAAGGUGUGGCCAGAGGCUACAUCUGCCCCAUUGGUACAUUGUCCACCUUCCUUACACCCCCUCUAUUCCACAGUACUGUGUCAACAGCUGCAUUUUGCCUCCUGUGCACCACACUGUGCUACUGCCCCACACCAGACCCUCCCCAGGGCUGUGGCUUGUGGGGAGAGCUGCAGGGCCCCUGGCUGCAGCCAUGCACCCGACUCUCCCCUGCCACAGCCGAUUCUUGCUGCUGAGAGCUCCCUGAUUGAGUGUGAGGAUGGAUGUCGCCUGCACCAGGCUGGCUGCUUAAGGAUUGUGUAAAGCAAGAGCGAGUGACAGUGUGUAUGUGUGAGAGAGAGAGAGAAAAAGUCUUUUCCUUUCUCUAUAUAAGCUUAAAUAGUGAGAAUCCAGAAAGGUUCUUUAAUGUGCAAUAAAACUUAUU